CUGUCGACAGUGACGUGCAUUAGCACGGGGUGACGUGUUUCUUUAAAAAUUACAAACGCAUAAUAAAUCAUGUUGGAUUUAUUUACUAUUUUUAGUAAAGGAGGCAUAGUACUGUGGUGUUUCCAAAGUACAAAUCAAAUAUUCACCCCUUCCGUUAAUGCAUUAAUAAAAAAUGUCAUCCUACAGGAGCGAACAGGUAUUAAAUCUUUUGACCAGGAUGGCUUAUUGCUACAGUACAAGUUGGAUAACGAAUUUGAUUUGGUAUUCGUAGUAGCUUAUCAAAAAAUACUGCAAUUAUCCUAUGUAGAUAAGUUCCUCAAUGAUAUACAUUUGGAAUUCAGGGAUAAAUACAAAAAUGAACUUUCAGACAAGCAAUACUUUCAAAAUUAUAAUUUUUUGGACGUCUAUAAUUCCACUCUUAAGAGUGCUGAAAAUUGGGGCAAACACCAGUUGAAGCAACCGAAACUGAUGAGGACUUUUGAUGAGUCCGUAAAAUCUAAAAAGACUGUGUCUUCUAUGAUAGAGAGAAAAGGUGAAGACAAACCACAGAAGCCCAUAAAAAAGAAAGAAGUCAACUUUAGUGAAGAAGAACAAAUUUUGUCUCCUCCAUCACCAAAGUCUGUACAAAAUGGUCUUAUUGAUGAAGAAACAUUAGCAGCUAACAGAGCAAAACUAGCUAAGAAAAUGCAGAAGAAAAAACCGGAAGUAAAAAAAAGCCCAAAAAGUCCAUCCGCUUCCGAGAAAGAAAAAGCUGGCAAAAAACCUAGGGUGUGGGAUUUGGGCGGUACCAACAAAGAUUUGGAAAAUCUAGAGAGAACUACAGAUAGACCUGAAGAUAUAAGAAGCAAUUUCACACCUGAUACAGAAAUUGUUGGUCAAAUGAAAGGAGUAAUUAAGGAUCUAGAAGUCGAAUCGUCAGACGACGAUUACGAGGAUGAUGAAGAAGAACAGGAGAUUGCACCUCAGCCAAACAAGACUUCCUCGAAAGGAGGAAUGUUCUCAAUUUUCAAAGGUCUCGUCGGUUCCAAAAAUCUGACCAAAAACGACAUGACGCCUAUUCUUGAAAAAAUGAAAGACCAUCUAAUCGGCAAAAAUGUCGCCGCCGACAUAUCCGAAAGGCUAUGCGAUUCAGUCGCGACCAAAUUGGAGGGCAAAGUUUUGGGAACUUUCGAUAGCGUGGCUUCGACGGUUAAAAAUACGUUAACGGAAUCGUUGGUGCAAAUUUUGAGCCCCAAAAGGCGGGUUGAUAUUCUCAGAGAUUGCAUAGAGGCCCAGAAACAAGGGAGACCCUACAUUAUGACUUUUUGUGGGGUGAACGGAGUCGGAAAAUCCACGAAUCUAGCCAAAAUCUGCUUUUGGUUGAUAGAAAACAACAUGCGAGUGCUGAUAGCAGCUUGCGACACCUUUAGAGCCGGUGCUGUUGAACAGUUACGUACCCACAUGAGACACCUCAACGCUCUGCACCCCGCCGAUCGACACGGAGGCAGACAAAUGGUCCAACUGUACGAAAAAGGGUACGGAAAGGAUGCCGCCGGUAUCGCCAUGGAAGCCAUAAAAUUCGCCAGAGAUUCCAGAAUUGAUGUUGUGCUGAUCGAUACUGCUGGACGGAUGCAGGACAAUGAACCCUUGAUGAGAGCUUUGACGAAAUUGAUAAAGGUGAACGAGCCGGACUUAGUGCUAUUCGUUGGAGAAGCCCUAGUUGGGAAUGAAGCUGUAGAUCAAUUAGUGAAAUUCAACCAAGCCCUCGCUGACUAUUCUUCCAAUACCAAUCCUCAUAUUAUCGAUGGGAUCGUCCUUACCAAAUUUGAUACCAUCGAUGACAAGGUCGGAGCCGCAAUAUCAAUGACGUACGUAACCGGCCAACCAAUCGUCUUCGUCGGAACGGGACAGACUUAUACGGAUCUAAAAGCUUUAAAUGCAAAAACGGUGGUACAUUCUCUCAUGAAGUAAUCGAUUCCUUAAAAGUUGCCUUAAUUCCUUUUAAUUGAAUCACGAAUAAAGUCAUAUUUUAAUGUUUUCCUUCAUAUCUAUUUACAAAAAAUAUAUAAAGUAGAUUAGAGGCUUCGUGUGUAGCAGUCAUAUAAUUUACAUAUUAUUUUUAUUAUCAAAUUUAUUUCUGUUAGAUAGAUAUUUUUAUUUAUAAAUGUCAAAGUUGUCAAGGUUUGCAUUGACAUUAACAGUUCAUAUCGAUUCAAGUCCAGCGUCUGCUUCUAGUUUAAUUUAUUUGUUGAUUAAAUGGAAUGUGGAGGUUAAAUUAUAUAAAAAAAUGUAAUAACGGCAAUUUAUAUUUAUUGUUUUUUAUGAAAUUCAAGGUACUUUUUUUAUUUGGUGUUUGUUAAGCCACCACGUUUACAUUGCUAAUAUGAAAUAUUUGGUUGGUUAAAACUUUAAUCGUUUGGUUGACUAAAUGUUUGUUUUUUUGCUUUGCGAACGUGGCGAUUGUAUAUUUUUUAAAGUUUUUAUACUUUCUUGUUAUUAUUGUGUCAUCUGGUGAUAUUUUUGUAUUAA